CCUUCUUCCCCACAACCCUUUGGAUCCCUUUCUCUUUCUUCUUUCAACGUUCAUUUUGCACAGGCCGCAGGACGACCUUGGAACCUCCUUUCCUUCAGCACACACAUAGCACUCGCUCUCACGACCUGAUACCCUUUGCAUCGACAAUACCAUGUUCUUUUCUCGCCUCUCCCUCUUCUCCGCGCUGGCGGUCGUUUUUGUCGGCCAGGUUGCUGCCGCACCGAUGCCCAUGCCCGCAAGCAAAGGCCGCGUCGGCCAUGCUGGCGGUGCCAAACGCGAGCCGGACUUCGCUCCCCUUGAUAUCAUCCCUGCGUAUGUCAAGCGCGACGUUAACACCAUCCCCGCGCAAUCUGCGACAAAGUCGCCCGAUGGCACCAUCGAACUCUUCGGUAAACGGGAACCGAUGAGCGUUAACACUAUCCCAGCUCAAUCUGCGACGAAGUCGCCAGAUGGUACCAUCGAACUAUUCGGCAAGCGCGACCCUAUGAGUGUCAACACUAUUCCCGCUCAGUCUGCAACCAAAUCACCAGACGGGACCAUCGAACUGUUCGGCAAGCGCGACCCAAUGAGCGUUAACACUAUCCCUGCUCAGUCCGCGACAAAGUCACCAGACGGGACCAUCGAACUGUUCAGCAAACGCGACCCUAUGAGCGUUAACACCAUCCCCGCACAGUCUGCGACAAAGUCGCCCGACGGCACCAUCGAGCUCUUCGGCAAACGAGAGCCGAUGAGCGUUAACACUAUUCCAGCUCAGUCUGCGACAAAGUCACCAGACGGGACCAUCGAACUGUUCAGCAAACGCGACCCAAUGAGCGUUAACACCAUCCCCGCUCAGUCUGCAACAAAGUCGCCCGACGGCACCAUCGAACUCUUCGGUAAACGGGAGCCGAUGAGCGUCAACACUAUUCCAGCUCAGUCUGCGACGAAGUCGCCUGACGGCACCAUUGAGCUCUUCUGAACGGUGUUCUGACGUCUCGGAGAGAGGAGGCAGCUUGACUUAUCGGCAUUUUAUCGAUGAUCGAGUUAUUACGGACGUUUCAGUUAGUGCAUUGAUGAUGGACGCUGGUUCCUACACACUCUUGCUUGCGAGAUGGACGUUGUUUUGUACUCUUCUUUUCUUAUUUCUACGCCCGACUUUUGCCUCGUGCGUUGAUCCGCAUUUUUUCGUCAUUCUUUGUCGUGCUGUUUAGAAUCAGAGUGCUUAGAGUCUGGGAGAUCGUUUAUUGUGUGACUCGUGAGACACAUCAUCA